AUGGGAAAAUCACAACCUGUAGUUACCAAAGAACUCCUAGAUAAGAUCAAAUCAGCAAAUUCCCAAUUUUCAUUUAUUUACGGAACUGUCGCCCAGUUUUUCGUUGCUUUUCCAGAUCCAAAGACAUGGACUAAGAAAGCCGAAGGUGUCUUAACGUUAGAUUAUGAUGCCCAAAAAUGCGUUUAUCUUAACCUUUAUGAUUUCAAUACAGCAAGACUUCUUUUCUCACAUGAACUUUAUUACGAUUUUAAGGACAAAUGCAAAGCCCCAGUCAAGGACUUCUUCAUUUUCCCUUCAGAUGUUUGCAUGAUGGCUUUCCAGUUCCUUAGUGAUACUGAAAUGAAGAACUUUUAUAAGCAAAUCAAAACAGCAUCACCAAAGAAGAAGAAGAAAUCAUUCUUCGGACGCAAGGACGACGAGGAACAAUUUAUUAUUUCCGAUGUCAAGUCUGUUGAUUACGUUAGUGGUGCUAAGCAAUCUGAUAGUUCAUCAAUUCAAAUUACCGGUGAACAUCAAAUCCUCGAACAGACAUUACAGGAAAUGGGCUACACCCAGGACCAGCUCAGAGACCAAACCAUCGCACAGAAGGUUAUGGCUAGAGUUCUUAAAAAGACAAAUACAAAAUUGAAUCCAGAUGCCAAGCCAGAGAGAAAGGCUCCUUCACCAAAGUCAUCAUCAUCAAGUGCUCCAAGCGGUGGCGCACCUCCUCCUCCACCACCACCUCCUUCAGCUGGUGCUCCACCACCACCACCUCCAGCUCCAAAGGGUGGAAAGAAGGCUGCCAAGAAAUCAGGCGGCGGCGGUGGCGUUGUCAAACCAACAGAUGAUGCUCUCCAAGACAUGAUCAAAUUCCGUAAGAAGAACGCUACAAAGGUUAAACCACCAGAGCCAAAGCUUUACUUCCAGGCCGGCGGUGGCGGCGGUGCAUCUACAGUCGGAGCCGGUCCAUCACCAGGUGCCGGCGCUGGCUCAUCCCCAGCAGCUGCAGCUCCACCUCCAAUGGUAGAUUCAUCCAACCCAGCUGCAGCCGCAGCAGCAAUGCUCGCAAGAAGGAAGAAUGCAGCAGCAAACAAAAACGUAUCUGCACCAGCACCAGCUCCAGCACCACAGCCAGCACGUCCAGCAUUCGGUGGCGCUGCAAGAGGCGGCUUCGGCGGUGCAAGACCAGCUCCAAAGCCUGCUCCAGCUCAUGCAGCUCCUCCACCACCUCCAGCCGCAGCCGCAGCUCCUCCUCCACCACCUCCAGCUCCAAAGGGUGGAAAGAAGGCUGCCAAGAAAUCAGGCGGCGGCGGUGGCGUUGUCAAACCAACAGAUGAUGCUCUCCAAGACAUGAUCAAAUUCCGUAAGAAGAACGCUACAAAGGUUAAACCACCAGAGCCAAAGCUUUACUUCCAGGCCGGCGGUGGCGGCGGUGCAUCUACAGUCGGAGCCGGUCCAUCACCAGGUGCCGGCGCUGGCUCAUCCCCAGCAGCUGCAGCUCCACCUCCAAUGGUAGAUUCAUCCAACCCAGCUGCAGCCGCAGCAGCAAUGCUCGCAAGAAGGAAGAAUGCAGCAGCAAACAAAAACGUAUCUGCACCAGCACCAGCUCCAGCACCACAGCCAGCACGUCCAGCAUUCGGUGGCGCUGCAAGAGGCGGCUUCGGCGGUGCAAGACCAGCUCCAAAGCCUGCUCCAGCUCAUGCAGCUCCUCCACCACCUCCAGCCGCAGCCGCAGCUCCUCCUCCACCACCUCCAGCUCCAAAGGGUGGAAAGAAGGGCGCAAAGAAGGGCGCAAAGAAGUCUGGCGGCGGCGGUAUCGUAAAGCCAACAGAUGAUGCUCUCCAAGACAUGAUCAAAUUCCGUAAGAAGAACGCUACAAAGGUUAAACCACCAGAGCCAAAGCUUUACUUCCAAGCUGGUGGUGGCUCUUCAUCUCCAGCAGCAAGUUCCGGACCAGUUAGCACUGGACCAGGUGGCGGCGGUGUUCAAAAUAUUGCUCCUCCAGCCGGUGGCAACGAUCUUGCAUCUAUGCUAGCCGCUAAGUUUGCAGCUAGAAGGAAGGUUUAA